AUGGACGAGGAGCAAGAAAGCGAGGAUACUGCAGUUAGACAUCUCAAGAAGCACAUCGACUCUCUGGGACCUGAAGUCCAUGCCAUUCAUUUAUCGCAGCAUGGCGAGUUGAUCUCAGUAUCGACCAAGCCUGAAGACGACCGAACCGUGUGUGUUUACUACCCUCCGCUGCAGGAUGUGCAGUCCCCCAAACAUGUCAACGCUGUGAUCCGUUCAGAUUUACUGGAGUUGGAUCGAUUUGGCCCGAAUGUCGAUCUUGUUUCUUAUUUGCCCAAUGGAGAUGCAAUCGAGCCCAAAAAGGCUGCCUUCAAGUACUACUUCCUUUUGCAGUUCCUGCACACGUUUUGGCACGAGAUGAACGUGUGGAUGCGUCUGCCGGCGCACCCACACAUUGUUCCGUUUGAUCGACUUGUGCUGGACGAGCUACGCGGCUGCGUCGUCGGCUUUACUAGCCUUUAUAUUCCUGGCGGCACGUUGAGCGAAAAUAAGCCGCGUGUGUUUAAGCUCGAAUGGCUCCGGCAGCUGACAUCUGUUGCCGAUGACUUGAACUUCAAGUAUAUUGACGGCAUUGGAUAUGGAGAGGACCGCAACGACGUUAAAGGGGUUAUAUUCACCCUCUACGAAAUUAUUACGCGCGACACACAUUUUCGAGAUGUUCGACACAGUGAGCAGAACCCAGCCGAUGUACAAGGGCUGGAGGAAUGGGUCCAGCACCCAGAUGUUAAGCUUGAUCAGCCUGUUUCGGAGUAUCGAGCGGUAUUGAACGACUGGGUGGAUAAAAGACGAACCGGAAGACAGAUUUCUCAUUAUAAAGAAGCGUCUGAGUACAUUGAGUGGCCAGAAUUCCCACAGCCACCCCCGGAGGAUUGGGAUGCAAAAGAUAGAGACGGUAACAUCGUGGGGACUCAAUCACAUGUGAUCCUAUCUCAUCAGCGUUUCAAUGAGAAGAAAAAGGGCAACGCCAUUUUGGAGUGGGAACGUCCUGCGCAAACCAAGCUCAAGGUCGGAGAUCGGCUGCUUGCAAAUGGACAGCUUGUUCCUAGGGAUUGA